UUGAGGGAUUAUUCAUUCAUUAAUUUUUUUGCUUAUUUUUUAUAAUAUAGAUCAGUUCAAAAAAAAUAAUCAACUCUUCUUAUAGUAAUACAAUUUUUUAAUAGAAGAAAACAAUCAAAUAUUUUUAGGAAAGCUAAACACGCAAAUAAAUAAAUAAAUAAAUAAAUAAAAAUAGAUAAGAUGCCUAGGUUUCCAAAUGAGAUUUAAUACGGAGAAAAAUACUAUGAUGAUUAUUAUGAAUAUAGACACGUUAUCCUUCCAAAGCAGAUAUUUAAAACUAUGCCAAGAGAUUAAAAAGUUUUGACAGAAAGUUAGUGGAGAAUGAUGGGAAUAUAGCAAAGUAGAGGAUGGGUGCAUUAUGACUCACAUAAGCCUGAACCUUAUAUUCUUCUAUUUAGACGCCCUAAAGGAACUGAUCCUUAAACAGGAAUUCCUCCUAGAGGAUUUAAAGAUCCAGAUUUUUUAGAAUCAUAGUAAAACGAAUAAUAAUAAAUGUAGUAAGAUGAAUCUUCGAUAUAGUUAUAGCAACAAGUAGAAUAAAACCAAAGACAAAACCUUAAUUAAAAUAUAUUUUUAAGAAAAAAUGUUUAAAAAUACAACAGAUACGACUUUUUCAAUAACACAUAAUGA